UGGGGUGACGUUACUAGGGUAUGCUCAGUGCGUCCCUCCACCGUGGGGUAUCCAUAGUAACGUGCCAGCCGCUGACCUCGGGGCUGUUCUCCUAUGGGUGCUGCCGGCGGACUCCAGAUGUCUCGGGGUCUCCAAGGAGUGUAGAGUGCUGGUCCUCGGGGAGGAAGGGACAAAAAUGACCUGGGGAAUUUUUUCAAAACGUCUGCACGUUCCUUGUCACCCGCCCCUUUCUCCCAGACAGGUCAGAGUUCCAGGGACGGCAGGCACGUGUAUUUGGGAACUUAACUACCCUGGAGAUUCUGAUGCACUCCCCCUACUUAACGAUUGAGAACUAUUAGCGUGGAGGUCCUGUAUAGCUUAUCGAGGCGCGACCCCAGAUUCUUCUUCCCCAUAGAUGCCUUCCUCACCGCAGUCAAGGUGACUUGCCUAAGGCUCCCACUGCACAGCUCUUGCACCUGUGUUAUUUAUUUCUUCCGUGUAAUUAUUUGCAUAGCUACCUCCCCCGUGGACUGUGACUUCUUUCUGGGUAGUGGCUGUCUCAUCCAUCCAUACCCCUUUCCCCUCCAAGUGCCUGGCAGAGAAAAGUGCCCUUUUUAUAAUAAAUUCGCUUGAAUUGUGGGUGGUGGUAGGGAGGCUGUCAAUUGAUGAAUCUGGUGUGGAACUGGGUAGGAAGAUGUGCCAGAUUAGCUUGAAGUUGGGCUGGGAGUAUGGGAGGGGUCCUAAUGUGAGUAUGGUGGAAUAUUGGGGUGAGUGAGGUUGAGGAGCCAUCAGGCAAACCCUACAUAACCCACCUUGGCAGAUGUCUCAGAAAGAUGGGAACUUCCUAGCCCCUCUGCAGUGUGGGACUCCAUCUUGGGCACUAGGAUGUCACCUCUAGAAGUAGUGAAUCUCGUUUCGUAGCUCCGCCUCCUGCUGCUCAGGGAUAAAUUGAUGUAAUAAUCCUUGUCCUGGAAGGCAGCACAGAAGGAGAAAAACAGGCAUAUCUGGACUCCCAUUUUGUGGGCAGUUCUAUGAUUGCCUCCACAUUCCUCCAAUGAACACUCUGGACCCACUUUGUUCCUCUCUCUAUUUCAUGGAUACUGUCCCCCUACAACAGCCCUCAGGCCUAAGCCCCUGAGGCCCUGACACCUGGUUGGCUGAGUCAGCACCUCAGGAAUGGGGUUCAGUAGGAAACCUGGUGAUUCAGGGCCUCAGGAAUGGCAUCGGACAUGCCAACAAACCAGCUGCCUCCUCCUCUUCCUCCUCCUCCUCGUUGAAGUGGCAGCAAGGAACUCAACUCAGCCAGCUCAUCUCUGGGUAUUCAAAUUACCCUUCCAAAUCCCAGCCCCCCAACUGCCCUCUGCUGGCUCAGCUCUGAUGCUUCUCAGGGGCCCCCCAAAACUUGAUCAGGACUAGGGGAGAGGGUUUUUGACGUCUAUGGGAAUAAAGAAAAAAAAAACAUAAUAGAACUUCCAAGGGGCCCUUUUCUACUGUAAGUUCCCCAAACCGCUUCCCACAUCCAGGACAGCUGCCUCUCCUUUCUUCACUGCCUUCCCCUCCUCAAGUUUCCUCCAACCUGGCCGCGGCGGCGCGCAGUCUCCCCUCUUCCCUUAGUACCAUCAGGCAAACUGAACACCAGCCCUGUCUUGUCUUUUUCUUCUUGCUUUUGGUCUUAAAGCAUUUCUCUGUUGAUCUUUGGUGUGUGUGUGUGUGUGUAGGGAGAAGGGAGGCAAGAUUUUAAGGAACCAAAGAUUUAACAUCUCGGCUUCAUAGUCUUAUAAUCCUUUUAUAGGAGUUUCUUUUUGCUGUGUUAUUUUGGCUGCUACUCUCUGGCCUCCCCUUUAAACCCACUCGAGGUCUGAGGAGGAGACAAUAGGUGUCUCUGGUCUGCAUGCUCUUUAGUCCCUGCCUCUCCAGCUUGCACCCCUCCCAGGCACAGAGGCUUGGCCCUGAGAGGUUUGGCCACAGAUUGCCCUGGAAGGGACGUGAGUGGUCAGACAGGUGACUGAGAGCUGGGACGCCUGAGGCCUGCCCUGACUGAGUCACUGCGCUGUUGUUGUCACCAUCCUUGUUGAAGUCCCGGCUCAGCACCCCAGACCUCUGUGGAGGCAGCAGCAGCUCCUAUUCUUCCAAGCUUUCCAGAGAAGCUAGUGGCCUGAUGGUGAGGCGAGUGGGCUGGGCGGGGAGCAGAGGGCGGCUGGGGCCGUGGGGAGACCUGGGGCCUGGAUCAGUGCCUCUCCUCCCCAUGCCCCUGCCUCCUCUUCCUCCUCCUCCAUGUCGGGGGCCUGGCGGAGGGAGGAUUUCCAUCUUCUCUCUGUCCCCUGCCCCUCGCACAAGAAGCUCCCCUUCCUCGGCUCCCCCUCUGGCCCUGGGACCGCCCUGCCCAGCGGUGCAGGCCCCAGGGGCCUCUCAGCCUCGCCACAGUGCCCUCCCCACCCCCACAACGCAGGCACAGCCCGCGAUGACCCCCACCUCUGCUCCCCCCUCUUGGGGCUGCCACUCCACCCCACCCCCAGCCUCAGUGACUCCCCCUGCCUCACACCGAUGCCCCCAGGACCCUCCUGGGCUGCGGAUAGGCCCUCUGAUCCCUGAGCAGGAUUAUGAGCGGCUGGAAGACUGUGACCCUGAGGGGUCCCAAGACUCACCCCUCCAUGGGGAGGAUCAGCAGCCCCUGCUCCAUGUGCCUGAAGGGCUCCGAGGCUCCUGGCACCACAUCCAGAACCUGGACAGCUUCUUCACCAAGAUCUAUAGCUACCACCAGAGGAAUGGCUUUGCCUGCAUCCUGCUGGAGGAUGUCUUCCAAUUGGGACAAUUUGUCUUCAUUGUCACCUUCACAACCUUCCUCCUUCGGUGCGUGGAUUAUAACAUCCUCUUCGCCAACCAACCAAACAACCGGACGAGACCUGCGUUGCUCCACAACAAAGUAACCUUGGCGGAUGCCAUCUUAUCCUCCUCCCAGUGUGCCCAGCGGAUCCGCUCCAGCCCCCUGCUGGUCUUCCUGCUGAUCCUGGCUGCAGCCUUCUGGCUGUUACAGCUGCUUCGCUCAGUCUGCAACCUCUUCAGCUACUGGGACAUCCAGGUGUUUUACAGGGAGGCCCUGCACAUCCCCCCGGAGGAGCUCAGCUCGGUGCCCUGGGCCGAGGUGCAGUCCCGCCUGCUGGCGCUGCAGAAGAGCGGGGGGCUGUGCGUGCAGCCGCGGCCGCUGACCGAGCUCGACGUCCACCACCGCAUCCUGCGCUACACCAACUACAAGGUGGCGCUGGCCAACAAGGGCCUACUGCCGGCCCGCUGCGCGCUGCCCUGGGGAGGCAGUGCGGCCUUCCUCAGCCGCGGCCUGGCGCUCAACGUCGACCUGCUUCUCUUCCGCGGGCCCUUCUCGCUCUUCCGCGGGGGCUGGGAGCUGCCCGACGCCUACAAGCGCAGCGACCAGCGGGGCGCCCUGGCCGCGCGCUGGCGGCGCACGGUGCUGCUGCUGGCCGCCGUGAACCUGGCGCUGAGCCCGCUGGUGCUGGCCUGGCAGGUGCUGCACGCCUUCUACAGCCACGCGGAGCUGCUGCGGCGCGAGCCCGGGGCGCUGGGGGCGCGCCGCUGGUCCCGCCUGGCCCACCUGCAGCUGCGCCACUUCAACGAGCUGCCGCACGAGCUGCGCGCGCGCCUGGCCCGCGCCUACCGCCCAGCCGCCGCCUUCCUGCGCGCCGCCGCGCCCCCCGCGCCCCUGCUCGCGCUGCUGGCCCGCCAGCUCGUCUUCUUCGCCGGCGCGCUCUUCGCCGCGCUGCUCGUGCUCACCGUCUACGACGAGGACGUGCUGGCCGUGGAGCACGUGCUCACCGCCAUGACCGCGCUCGGGGUCACGGCCACCGUGGCCAGGUCUUUCAUUCCGGAAGAGCAGGGCCGGAGUCGUUCCCCGCAGUUCCUGCUGCAGGCGGCUUUGGCGCACAUGCACUACCUCCCAGAGGAGCCCGGUCCUGCGGGCAGGGCCAGCGCUUACCGGCAGAUGGCGCGGCUGUUGCAGUACCGAGCGGUCUCCCUCCUGGAGGAGCUCCUGUCCCCUCUCCUCACUCCGCUGUUUUUGCUCUUCUGGUUCUCCCCUCGUUCCCUGGAGAUCAUUGACUUUUUUCAUCACUUCACUGUGGAUGUGGCUGGAGUUGGGGACAUCUGUUCCUUCGCCCUUAUGGAUGUGAAGCGCCACGGCCACCCUCAGUGGCUCUCGGCAGGACAGACAGAGGCCUCACUGGCUCAGCGUGCGGAGGAUGGAAAGACUGAGCUCUCCUUGAUGAGGUUCUCCCUGGUGCAUCCACAAUGGCGCCCCCCAGGGCACAGCUCCAAAUUCCUGGGACACCUUCGGGGCAGGGUACAACAAGAUGCAGCAGCCUGGGGCGCCACCUCUGUUCGCAGCCCCCCCACGCCUGGGGUGCUCAGUGAUUCUUCCUCACCUCUGCCGGAGGCCUUCCUGGCCAACCUCUUGGUGCAGCCCCUCCUGCCCCCACGGGACCUGAGCCCCACGGCCCCCUGCCCAGCUGCAGCCACAGCCAGCCUCCUGGCCUCCAUUUCCCGCCUUGCCCAGGACCCGAGCUGUGUGUCCCCAGGAGGCACUGGGGGCCAGAAGCUGGCCCAGCUUCCAGAGCUUGCUUCUGCUGAGAUGAGUCUUCAUGCCAUCUACCUGCACCAGCUCCAUCAACAGCAGCAGCAGGAACUGUGGGGCGAGGCUUCAGCUUCUUCCCUGUCCAGGCCCUGGUCCAGCCCCUCCCAGACACUCUCGCCCGAUGAGGAGAAGCCAUCCUGGUCAAGUGAUGGCUCCAGUCCUGCCUCCAGCCCCAGACAGCAGUGGAGAACCCAGAGGACCCAGAAUCUGCUCCCUGGAAGGUUUCAGGAGACCACAGACACCCAGAAGGAGCCUAGUCAGGCCCCUGGCACUGACUGAGAGGGCUCCCCAGGGUUCCCUGGCUUCUCCAGCUAUAGGAGAUCAGACAAGGUGGAGUGGAAGGACGUGACACCGAGCCCUCUUUAGAGACCCACCCCCGCAGACUAUAGGCCUAAGGACGCUUUAGUUGGGCAGGAGUUGGGGGAGGUUAGUGAUGAGCUCACCCAGAGAGCAGAGAAAGGGUAGGAGAGGAGAUGCCAAAAGAUCUGGAAACAAGUCUCGGAGAUGAUCCCCACCUGGAGGGCUAAGGGGACACCACCCCAACUAGCUGUCUCAGCAAUUGCCUGGGAAGCAAUCCCCAGGGAUCCUCAGGGUGGAGGACAGGGCCAAGGCGGAGGCCUAGCUUAAUGUUAGGGAAACAGUUAGGGACGGGACCUGAACCCCAGUGGGCCCUUCGAGCUGGCCUGGCCUUCAGGGUCCCACGGGACUUGUGGAGGGAGGGCCAUGGGGACUUGUGAGUGGGAAGACUACGGAGGGCUGAUGUUUUUGGAGUUCAGCACUGGUGUGAUGUCGGAGAAAGUGGGUGUGGCUCCUCAUCCUGUCUGAAACCAGCAGUAAAGGUUGCGCAUGGCUGUGUUGCACAUCUUUGUGACCUUAGUCGCUGGCAUUCCCACUCCUGGUAGCUGAGGGCUGUACCUGUUUCUCAAUCAGGAGCAAGGAAGCUACACAGAACUGUCUG